ACGGCUAAUUCGUUUGCAGCCUAUAGUGUCACAACCAAACAGCAACGAGUGUAGAAGGUAGAAAUGUGUGGUAUUUGAUGGCUCGUAUACCAUACGUAUACAUUGUAGUGAUUGGCUUGGACUUUUUGAAGAUAUUACUUGAUUUUCUGUAGAAUUUUUAAAGCGCGCCAGUAUCUGCUCCAGAUUGACGUUCGUAUUGCGAUUUAAUUGAACGAAGUCCUUGUUAUUGACCUUGUAGAUCCGAAGUAGUGAGAAUCACAACUAAUGUUUGGCGCCCUGGCUUUGUUUACAGUUCUACAUAUCUAUAUGUGGUGCUUGUAAUGUUGCGUGGAACCCCAUCAGAUCUGUGAAUGUUAUAUGUAGGGUUUCGAAGCGUUUGAAGUCUUUCGAGUAUUCGACUGGAGCAUAGAGGUUUUCUCUCUCGACUGCUUAACCGGGUCGUGAAGCAGAAAAGUUUCAUAAUGGCCGCCAAUACAUCUUCUUUGCCAUCGCCAGGUUUUCUGGGCCGCGACUCACGUCAGUAUGCCGACCUUAUUAGAGAAAUGCAGUCUCGCAUUCUCAUUAUCGACGGCGCAAUGGGAACCAUGAUACAACGGCACACUCUUUCGGAGCAGGACUUUAGGAAUGCCGCAUUGGCUGACCAUCCAACGAAUCUCAAAGGCAACAACGACCUGCUUUCCAUUACGCGACCCGAUAUCAUUUAUGGAAUACACCGAGAAUAUCUGCUCGCGGGUGCGGAUAUUGUGGAGACCAAUACUUUCAGUGGGACAAAGAUUGCGCAAGCCGAUUACAAGUUGGAACAUUUGGUUACUCGUUUAAACUUCGAAUCGGCACAUCUGGCGAGAAAAGCCUGCGAUGAUGUGGAAAAAGAGUCUGGGAAAAGGCGGUUUGUCGCUGGCGCUAUCGGUCCAACAAAUCGAACACUUUCUAUCAGCCCGUCCGUGGAGAAACCGGAAUAUCGCAAUAUAACUUAUGACGAACUGGAAGAUGCUUAUAAGGAGCAGGCUAAAGCUUUGUAUGAUGGCGGAGCGGAUUUAUUUCUUGUUGAAACCAUUUUCGACACCGCCAACGCACGAACGGCUCUUUAUGCCAUCCAGAAGCUGUUUGCGGACGGCUACAAACCCAUACCUGUAUUCGUUUCGGGUACAAUUGUUGACAAGAGCGGUCGUACUCUAAGUGGUCAAACAGCUGAGGCCUUCGUCAUCAGCACCAGUCAUGCGAAUCCGUUAUGCAUUGGUCUCAACUGUGCACUGGGCGCCGCGGAGAUGCGUCCUUUUAUCGAGGACAUCAGUCGAACGACAUCUUCCUACGUUAUUUGUUAUCCGAAUGCCGGACUGCCCAAUACAUUUGGCGGUUAUGACGAGACCCCGGAAAAGAUGGCGCAAGAUAUUGCCGGCUUUGCAAAAGACGGCUUCGUGAAUGUUGUCGGCGGAUGUUGCGGUACAACACCGGAUCAUAUCCGCGCCAUUGCAAAUGCAGUAUCGGGAAUAGCGCCACGUGUUCCAACAAAUGAGUUUCAGCAAGGCUUCUUGUUGCUGAGUGGUCUUGAACCGGCACGGAUUGGUCAGAAUACGUUGUUUGUCAACAUUGGUGAACGUUGCAAUGUAGCUGGAUCUAAGCGAUUUUUGAAACUUAUAAAAGAUAAUAAGUUUGAAGAAGCACUGGAUGUGGCAAAGAAGCAAGUGGAAAGCGGCGCGCAAGUGUUAGAUAUAAAUAUGGACGAAGGAAUGAUCGAUGGAAAAGCGGCUAUGACAAAGUUUUUAAAUUUAAUCAGCGGAGAACCCGAUGUAGCCAAAGUACCGCUGUGUAUUGAUUCCUCCAACUUCGAAGUAAUUCUUGCUGGUUUAAAAUGCACGCAAGGCAAACCGAUUGUGAACAGCAUAAGUCUCAAAGAAGGACCGGAAGAUUUCUUGCACAAGGCCAGCAUUAUUAAAGGCAUGGGAGCAGCCGUGAUUAUUAUGGCUUUUGACGAACAAGGUCAAGCAGCCGAAACUGAUCGCAAAGUAGAAAUCUGCACUCGUGCUUAUAAUCUUUUACGGGAAAAAUUGGACUUCAAUCCAAACGAUAUCAUUUUUGAUCCGAAUAUUUUGACGAUUGCCACGGGCAUGGACGAACACGCCAAUUACGGCCGUUACUUCAUCGAGGCCACAAAAAUCAUCAAACAGACCCUUCCGGGAGCGCGCGUCAGUGGUGGCGUAUCUAACCUGUCGUUUUCUUUUCGCGGCAACGACGUCGUCCGCGAAGCCAUUCACUCGGUAUUCCUGUAUCAUGCGAUUCGUGCGGGAAUGGAUAUGGGUAUCGUGAAUGCCGGUGCUCUACCGAUCUACAGUGAAAUUGACCCGAAACUCCUGCAAUUAUGCGAAGAUUUGUUAUGGAAUCGAGAUCCGCUUGCCACGGAAAAAAUGUUAGCUUUUGCUCAAGGAUUGUCCAAAACUGGCGAGAAAACAGAAGAUCAGGAUUCGUGGCGGCAAAUGCCGGUAGAACAGCGCCUGGAGCAUGCGCUGGUAAAAGGCAUUGAUGCCUUUGUAGUCCAGGAUACGGAAGAGUGUCGCCGCAGAAAAGAUCUCUAUCCGCGACCGCUGAACGUGAUUGAAGGCCCUCUUAUGAAGGGCAUGUCCAUUGUGGGUGACCUGUUUGGUGCCGGGAAAAUGUUCUUGCCACAGGUGAUCAAAUCGGCGAGGGUCAUGAAGAAAGCUGUCGCUCAUUUAGUGCCGUUUAUGGAAGAAGAGAGACAGGCAAAGAUGAAAUCACUGCUGGAAAAAGGUGUGGAUAGUAUGGAAAAGUUGUACCAAGGGACGAUUGUGUUGGCCACAGUGAAAGGCGAUGUACACGACAUCGGGAAAAACAUUGUGGGUGUCGUUUUGGGCUGUAACAAUUUUAAAGUUAUCGAUUUGGGAGUGAUGACCCCGGUGGAGAAAAUUAUUGAGAUAGCCAUAAAGGAGAAGGCGGAUAUUGUGGGAAUGUCGGGACUGAUUACUCCCAGCUUGGAAGAAAUGGCCCACAAUGCUUCGGAGUUCGAAAGACUGGGAUUGAAAAUUCCGAUAUUAAUUGGCGGCGCCACGACCAGUAAAACGCAUACGGCGGUUAAAAUUGCUCCAAAGUAUACGUCGCCAGUGAUAUACUGUGCCGAUGCAUCCCGCAGUGUUGUGGUGUGUAGUGCUCUACUGGAUGAGAAGCAGCGGGAUGAUCUGGUUUUGGACGUGGGUGAAGAAUACGAAGAUUUGCGCGAGGAGCAUUAUGAGUCACUCGCAGAUAAAAAGUAUUUUUCGCUGCCGGAAGCUCGAAGCCACGCACCGAAGCUGGAUUUUUCGUACAUUAGUAAGCCUGAUUUCAUAGGAACGAAAGUCUUCACGGACUAUCCUUUGGAACGCUUGGUUCCGGCCAUUGAUUGGAAACCAUUUUUUGAUAUGUGGCAGCUGAGAGGAAAAUUUCCAAAUAAAGGCUUUCCGAAUAUUUUCAAAGAUAAAGAUGUGGGUGCCGAAGCGAAAAAGCUUUAUGAUGAUGCUCAGAUUCUACUGGAUAAAAUCGUUAAUAAGAAAAUUUUAAGAGCCAAUGGUGUAUUCGGAAUUUUUCCUUGUAAACGAGAGGGAGACGAUAUUAUCAUCGGUGACAAGGAAACGAUUGUGCUGAACACAUUACGUCAGCAAGCCUAUCGUGAUGUCCAUGACAAGUGCUUAAGUAUUGCUGAUUACAUUGCACCCGCUGCGCUCAGUCUUAGUGAUUACGUGGGAAUCUUCGUGGUGUCGGCUGGGUUCGGUGUGGAGGAAGCGUGCAAAGAUUUAGAAUUCAAUCUGGAUGAUUAUGAUUCUAUUAUGCUCAAGGCGCUGGCUGACCGGUUGGCGGAAGCCUUUGCGGAGGAAUUACAUUUACGAGUCCGCAAGGAAUUCUGGGGUUAUUCGGAGGAGGAAAAUCUGAGUGUGUUGGAUCUGCACAAGGUGAAGUAUGCCGGGAUCCGUCCGGCAUUUGGUUAUCCGUCGUUGCCGGAUCCGACGGAAAUGGCAAAGGCUUGGUCAUUACUGGAUGUGGAGGCGCAGACGGGAAUUAAACUGACAGAAUCGUAUGCCAUGCUUCCCGCUGCGACUGUCUCAGGGAUUUAUCUGGCACACCCGCACGCGAGUUAUUUUAGCGUGGGUAAAGUAACCAAAGAGCAAGUUACGGAUUAUGCGGGACGUAAAGGUAUCACAAUUAAGGAAGCAGAAAAAUGGCUGUCGGGAAAUCUGUCGUAUUCGUGACUUUACUCAUUAAUUUAGUUUUCGGAUAAUUAUUCCGAAAUAUCUGAAGGUUGGUAACUGGAGAUUAAGCGUGAUUAAUUAAGGGUUAUUUGCUGUGUUAUUAAGGUGGAGGGUUAAUUGCUGUGUUCCGUUUUCUUUCAAUGGACUAAUUAUUGGCCGGAAAUCGCUUUAUGAAUUAAAAAAAUUGUGACGGUCGGUGUCUUCCGAAAAUUCUGUAUAACAUCCCAAAUUGUUUCGCUUGUAAUUAAAGGAAUUUCUUUUCAGUGCGAUAUUGUGGAAGGCGCAGUUUACACUGCUGACAUUUAUAAAAAUUGCACAGGUAUUA